AUGUCGACCUUGAGACCAGACGAUCGCCACAGCCGAGGAAGGUCGAAAUCACCAGGUGGAAGAGAUCGAGACCGGUCACGAUCCCGAAGCAACGUCAGAGCACCUGAGGCACCAGAACCUCCCAGUGCAGUACCCAGAUCAGCGUAUGCCUAUCCACAGACUUCCGGAGCCCAGUAUGGAAAUUCAGUCACUUCGCUGUCGUAUGAAGUGAGGUCCCCAACCCAGUCACAGUCGCAGAGCAAUUACUUCCCAUCAUCGACGCUCCCGCCUUCGAACCACUAUGUGCCCAGUGCAGCUACUGCGGCCAUGCCGUAUCCGACGGAUGACGGCGGGUUUACCAUGGGGGAUUACACCGACCUCCCGCCGCAUGAGCGGCCAGGAUACGACCCCAGAUUAGGAUAUGUACCUCCGCCCCCUCCUGGUCCUCCACCGCGAGAUAGAGAGGACGACGAUCUAGCGUACGGAUCUGACACCUCGAGAACGGCGAGACAGCAGCCGUCAAGACAUUCUUCUUACACUUCCGGAUAUCGCUACAACCCGAAUGACCAAAGAGCUCCAACAGCACAGUAUGAGUAUGCUAAAGCUCCAGAGAAAGUAUCCUAUACGUCCAGACCUUCAGUGGCUCCACAGUCUGCGGUCUCUCAUAAUUCUCUACCUUACGGGCAGCCGCCUUCCCAGUCGCUGAACUACUCGAAUACACCACAAGGCCAAUUCCACGAGCAGCUGCCGAGGACGUACUCACACAAUGCCUACGACCGGGAAGCCCAUGUUGUGGAUAUCACGCCUCGACGAGAGAAAUUGGACCGUCACGAUUCGGCGUCGAGAGCGCAUCGCCUGUCCACAGUUGAUACCCGCCAGACUGGCUUGGCGGCUCCUCGCUCACCUGGAUUAGGACCUCGCAUGGACCGACUGUCGGUAAGUGGCAACAGACCUGAUAUGCACGCCAUUUCAGGCGGGCUUCCACCACCAAGUCCGAUGCUUGAAGCAUAUCAUGGAACGUACCAAUCGCUUUCUCCGAUGCCGCUAGCUCUCAGACCAGAUGAUGAUCUAGAUCUUGAUGAACUCGAGCCUCUUUCCCCAGCAAUCUCCAGGCAAAGUGGAAUCCUCAAAGGCGAAGAUCGUCUGGCCAAAGACAUGCGCGAAAAAGAAAAGAAGCGAGUGAAGCUCUAUGAUCCUGAAGAAGAUGCCAAGGCCAUCGCAUCAGCUCUUUCUCAUCACAAGGUGGACCCUGAGCCAAUCUUCGAAGUGCUUCCACGUCUGACCCACGACCAAAUCAUGGAGAUGCGGAAGGAGUACAAGAAGCAGGUCAAAGUCCAGGGCAAAGGCGUGAACCUCAGCAAACACAUCAACAUGAAGCUCUCGGGCAACUUCGGCAAAGCAGUCUACGUGACCGCACUGGGUAGAUGGGAAAGUGAAGGCUAUUGGGCAAACUUCUUCUACCAAUCUCACGGUAGCCGUCGAGAGCUGCUGAUCGAGUGCCUUAUGGGACGCACCAACGCCGAGAUCCGUAAUAUCAAGGACGAUUUCAAGGACAAGCGAUAUUCUGAUAGUUUGACGAAAUGCAUGGAGAAAGAAUUGAAGAUGGAUAAGUUCAGAACGGCCGUGAUCAUGGUGCUGGAAGAGAGGAGGCAGGAAGAACAGGACGUCUAUCCUCCUGAAUACGUGCAUCGGGACACUGAUCUGCUUUAUCGCUCCGUCAAGGCCGAAAAGGGGGGCGAGAGCGCCAUGCUGGAGAUCAUCGUUAGACGAAGUGAUGCCCAUUUGAGAGAAGUCUUGAGGACGUAUGAGAGGAUGUACGGCGAGAACUUUGCGCGAGCGGCAUUGAAGAAGAGCAACAAUCUGGUUGGCGAAGUAAUCGCCCACAUCCUCAACGGCGUCAUCAACAAACCCGCCCGCGACGCCCUCCUCCUGCAACACGCCAUCCGCAACAUCGCCGAAAAGAACAAAGAGGAAGAGCUCCGCUACGAGCUCCUCAUCUCGCGCCUCGUCCGCAUCCACUGGGACAAGCUGCAUCUGGCGAGGGUCAAGAAGGAGUACUGGGAGAAGUACCGGACGACGUUGGAGGAUGCGAUUGAGGAGGCGACCAAGGGCGAUUUCAGGGAGUUUAUGUGUGAGUUAUGUGAGACGAAGUGA